AUAUAAGUCCGACUUUUACGCGCACUUCUCAAAACCUUCGCUUGUAGUGGGUAACUUAUCAAAAUUCUAACUAACGUGGUAUGAAACAGUCAGAAAGCGAGGAGCACAAUAUUUACCUAGUUGAGAGCAUUAUAGACAGACGAGUUCGCCGUGGUCGCGUGGAGUACCGUGUUAGAUGGAAGGGGUUUCCUCCGGAGCAAGAUUCUUGGGAACCCUUCACCAGUCUUCGCGAACCAUGCCUUUCAUUAAUUCAAGACUUUCACAUCCGUUACCGCAAACUUCAUCAUGGAAAAAGGCGUUACUCUCUACCCUUGGUUUCUCGUAGUAAGCUUUUGAAGUGUGAAACAGAUGAAUUUCAUGACAUGUCUGUAAAAUUAGAAAAAGAUAGCGAUGACGACUUAGCUGCAGACAAGAGCAGUAUUUCGUCUACCAAAAGCCAACCACCUCCACUUCCUUUUAAGUUAGGUAAGAGAAAUACUGUACGGCCAACGUCGCGUCGUUCUGCUCCAAGUUCAGUAGCCUUAAGUUCGACUAGUUUCUUUUCGUUACAACCGGGAACUUAUUCUGGCCACUCGUCAUCCCUUCCGAGUUCUGAGUCCAGUGUUUCUCAAACACCAUUAGUCUGCGAUCCAGGUGCGUUGUUGAACAUCCAAACACUUGACCGUUCAGAUCAUACGGUACACCCAGAUAAUGGUUGGGUUCCCUGUGAAGUUUCUGGUGCUUCAACUGGUUCACUAUCUAGUCCUAAUACAAUUCAGGCUGAAGAUGACUGUAAAGUUCCCAUGGAUAAAGUUCCUGUUGCCGGACUUUCUAAAAAUAACUGCAGAGAUACUUCACAACGAUUACAAAAAACAUCAAGAUCACUUCCUGACCAAUCAAACCGUAAUACUCCCAAGUCGAGCAAAUGCAAAUUGCAGCCCAAUGAUGGUGCUGGUAAACAAAAUGAUUCAGCAUCUGCAAAUCAGCAAGUCUCUCAAAACUUCCUGAAGGGAGAUAAGAACGUAGGUAAUUUCACUACCUCUGAUACCCAAGAAAAUUCUAUCCUCGGGCAAACACGUAAAUCUGUUACGAUUAUGCUAAAGGCUUCUCCCACACAUGAGUUUCAGAGCACUAGAUCUCUCCACCGCAGUAAUUCACCAAACUCUAAAUCUCUUCCUACUACUGCCUCUAAACCGGUUUCCAAAAAGCGUGUUCAGCCUACUAGUGCAACUUCAAAGCCGGAACUAGAUGUUGAUGCUUCCGAAUCCCUACCAUCACGUGAAGAUCAAUCUCUCAUAUCUGAUUCUAUCAUAUCAAAAGUCAUGAAUAUCGUUGUUCAUCUGAAAAACUUAAGAAGACGCCCUGUACAAGAGAUUGUCCUGGCACUUUGCCAAAAGCACCAUAGUAUUCCUGAAAGCCUCGUUUUAUCUUCUCUGGACAUCUUAGUUACACGAGGUCACUUACACCGUGUUGAGUCAGCCAAGGGUAUAUCUUAUCGUUCCAACCCUUUUGUUGUGGCUCGGGGGGACCUAAAGAAACCUGCAUCUCUAUCAGCCAAAAUUAAAGCCAAAUAUAAUGGUGGAGUGAAUGGAAAACGACCCAAGUGCACGACGUCUGCUGUACCUGAGCCUAAACGACCGGAUUCAGUGGAGUCACCAAGCCAUUCUUUAUCUAAAAUUGCACGAACUGAUCCAUCAACCAAUGUUCACCAGCGCUCUAGUCGGAGAUCUGUAACAUAUGGAUCAGUGGCUUCUGAAAAAUCCAAUACGCACUGUUCUUGUUAUUCAGAUAUCAAUGGAAAAAUCUAUUUCAAUCAGUCUUCUGUUAUUGUGGAUGAUGUACAAGUAAAUCAGGAUCAUACCAUACAUCUCAACGGAGAUUAUUCAAUGAGUGUUAAAUCACCACCAAAUAUUCUUCAACAAGGCACCAAGAUAUUUAUUGUACCUCCGGCUAGUCCAUUAAAUGAAACAACUUUUGAAAGUCAAAUGAAUAACUUACCAUUUCAUCGAUCUGAGCAACCUAAUCAAAGUUCAUGUAAUAAUUUGAGUUCUACAUCUGGGUCCAAUCUCGAUAGUUCAAGUAUUCCACAAACAAAUUCAAGACGUAGUAAUCGACAAGUAGAUGGUUAUAAAUUCAAAUCGAUUUGGGUAAAGAAAAAUGUACAAGGUGGAUUUACAGAAGUUUGGUUACAAUCACCUGGUUCUUUUCUAAAAAAUGGAUUCACAAUUCAGAAAUAAAUCUCUUACGGGCAGAUCCUCUGAUCGACCUAAGGUAAACAGACGACGUAAUUUUGUCAGAAAAAGAUGUUGGU